AUGGUGCGAUCUCUGCCAAAGAGGAACAACCCGUUGGUCCUCCCGGACCAAUCCCCUUCGUAUGAGGAACUCCUGGCGCUCCGCCGUCUAGGAAAAACAAACCUCGCUGUCAAGCCUACGCAGAUUGGAACGUCCAACGCAACCAAGCCUGAGAAUCUCGGCCCCUUUGAAUAUGCCCAUCUGCGCGCGAAACUUCCAAAAGACCUGAAAGGCUCCGAGAUUUUCGCGUCGCAUGCCCCUCAGCAGCACCCAGAGACCUACUUUCUCAUGCGACGAAGCAAGGAUGGGUAUGUCAGCGCUACUGGAAUGUUCAAGAUCGCUUUCCCGUGGGCGAAGUUGGAGGAAGAGAAGGCUGAACGGGAAUACUUGAAGACUCGGGAGGGCACCAGCGAGGAUGAGAUCGCCGGCAAUAUUUGGGUCAGCCCCUUACUAGCGUUGGAGUUGGCCAAGGAAUAUCAGAUGUACGAUUGGGUUCGCGCUCUGCUGGAUCCCACGGAGAUCCCUCAAACGCCAAAGAAGCAGAUCACACCUCCUCCAAAGUUUGAACUCCCGCCCAUUGAAGCUCCGACCCAGCUCUCUGCCCCAUCGCAGCGUACGAGAAGGGGCCGGUCUGCUUCGCCGAGCAAGAGAGCCACCCUCUCCCCUCGCAAACCGAGGAAGACUCGCGCAGCCAAGGAGGCGAGUGUGGAGGAGGCCAGUGCAGCUAGCGCUAGUCUUCAGAACGCUUUGGACAUGACCGCGUCUAACGCUGAUGCUGGAUCAGCCAAUGGAACUGUCGAGUCUAGUGUGGAGGAACAUGUUGAAGAGAAAGUAGUCACCGUCACAGGAGACACGACCAAGCCGGCUUCCAGGAAGAAGGUCGCCGCCAUUCCUGAAGAGAAUGAGGUCGAAGAAGAAAAAGUUAAGGUUGACGUCAAGACGACUGCCGACACCGUGGAUGACGUUCGAACCACCCAGACGACGAUCUCGGUCGAGAUGCCUGUUAGCCUUCCCGAGGCACCUUCUGCGGAGGACACCGAGAAGAUGAUUGCCAAGGCCAAGGAAAUGGUCGCAGAAGCGAUCAAGGUCCAGACCACCGAAGGUGAACAGCCGGAGGCCUCGUCACCUAAGGGCGCCAAAAAGCGCAAGACCGACAUGCUCAGCGAAGAUGAGGAGGAUGAGGAGACCAGAGCAGCCUCAGCCCUGCGCGCCAAGAGGGCAAAGGUCCUGGAAGAGAAGCUGAAGCGGGAGCGUGUGAGGAACCGUGCCUUGGUCGGCGUUACGGCUGUCUUUGCACUUGCGUAA